AUGCCAGUGGUCACAGACCACCAUCUACAUGCGCUGGACAUACCACCUUCAACUGCAUGUGGACAUACCACACUCAACAUGCAGGUGGACACUACCGCCACUCAAACAUGCAGUGGACAACUAACACCUCACUCAACAUGCAGUGCGACACUAGUACCACCACUCAACAUGCAAUGGACACAGUACCACACUCAACAUGCAGUGGAAACAGUACACCACUCAACAUGCAUGGACACAGUCCCACCAUCAACAUGCAAUGGACACAGGUACCACUUCAACAUGCAGUGGACACUAGUACCACCACUCAACAUGCAUGGACACCCGUACCUACAACUCAACUGCAAUGGACACAGUACCACACUCAAAAUCGCAAUGGACACAGUAACCCAUCAACAUGCAGUGGACACAGUACCCACCACUCAACAUGCAAUGGACAACGUAGUUCCACACUCAACAUGCAGUGGACACAGUACCACCACUCAACAUGCAGUGGACACUACCUCCACUCAACAUGCAGUGGACACAUGGUCACAGUACCACCACUCAGUGUACGGAACUUACUAUCGCACACGCUGUGGCUACGCUCUAGACUGCCACGUAUCUACUGGGGAACCAUCGAAACAACAUGCAUGGGUGCCAUCAACUCCCCCAGUUGCACAGAUCCAAAGGACCAUUUGGAUUUGGCACGGGCCGUUAACAUGGUCUAUCUCCAGACAUCAGUGUCUGGUACACAAAGGCUACAACGUGACGGUCGACCAGUGCUCUGCCAACCCUGCCAACUGUACCCUAGGCUUCAGUCUCAGUGUCUGGAUCAAUGUAAACAUUACACAGAAUUACUUCGACAGCAUCAACGACACGACUGGACACUUAACCACGUUUCAGACCAUUGUAUCCACGGGAGGAGACACGAAUGGUCACCCUGGAGUGAGGCUCUCGCUGUAUGGUGUGUGGAUCUAUGCUCUAUUAUCCACUGGAAACCUUUAUUGGGAAGCCUCGACCAUCGGUCAGUUCGGUACCCGAAACUGGACGAACAUUGGCAUACGUUGGGCUCCUCCCUCACUCAACGACUCUGGUCUCGAGGUGUUCGUCAAUCAGAAGAAGCAAGCACAGACCAUGUCGCCUCAGACAGUGGCAGCCUCUAAGAGCGCCCUCAACCCGCCCCAGAUGAUGGUCGGCUGCCACAUGGACGCAGACAACACCACUUACAGGAACUACGCCGACGCUCUGAUAGACGAACUCGCUACCUGGACCAAGGAACUCAACGACACAGAGACUUUAUACUUCACGGGAGGUUAUGCUUGGGAGUUCGCAAAUCAGACGGCAGAAUCAUUCGCGAGUCAAGUGUCUGGAGCUGAUAUGAAUGACCCUGAGACAGCAGCAACAGUCAUCAACGGGCUACAGAACAUGAUCGCUGACCAAACAACGCAAAACAGCAUGCCAAGCCCCACGCAAGCCACCAGCGCCACCACGGCAGGCACACAGGCAAGCCCUACGGCCGUGCCGCCGACGACAGCACUCACGGAUUUCCAAACACUGCUCAACGUAGUGAACACCAUAACGAAAGGAGGAAACGCACCGCAGAACAUCACGGCAACGCAGUGCAACAAAAUUUUGGUGAGUGAUGCAGCAUCCACGCUCGCUGUGUACAUCCCUGGCCCGCUACCGUCAAGGAGAUUGGAAGGAAGAAUGGUGAUGAUGGCCAUUAAGAGGAACCUGAGUGAGUGGAGAGCGAGUGGCCAGGCAUUCAUCGUCUCGCCAAACUACAGCACCUUGAGCCUCUCUAGUCUCUGGGACUACCCGUACGACCGUGCUGCAGUGCCGGUGGGGCUGGUGAGUGAUCCAGAUUGUGGGAAUCGAGCCAUCAACGUGGAGGUCAUCUCGUCCCGGACCUACGACCUCACAGCCUUCACUCUGGUCAACGUUGCGAGAAUGCCGGAUUCUGACUACUACGAGGUGGGCUCUCAUACACUGACAGUCAGGGUAGACUGUGACCCUCCCACCACUAACAACACCAACUACACUAAGGCAGCAGACGAGUGCCAGCCCACACCUGAGGCUCUCCUUAACAACCCCAUCAGACUCAAACUGAGGCACACCAUCGUUGAGUCGUACGUCACCAGGUCGCUCAAGUUCCACGACCAAGAGAGAAAGAAGACGAUCCUUCACAGGUACUGUGUGUGGUGGAACCCAGCACUGAGUGACUUCGGUGUGUGGGACAGCACUGGCUGCUAUAUACUGGAGACUACAGACAAGUACACUAAGUGUGCCUGUGCUCAGCUUGGCACCUUUGCCAUUAUGGCCUUGCAGACUGAACCUAAGGUGGUGCCUGUUGAUGCUCUGUGGUUAACAGUGUUAAGGUACAUUGGCUACGGCCUCUCCUUCCUCUUCAUCAUCAUCUAUAUCCUGGUCGUCGCCUUCUCCAGUGACCUGAAAGACCAGUUCCACCUGAUGGGUGCCAACCUGGCAGUAGGAGUGUUGAUGGGCACUGUCUUCAUGGUGGUCAGUGACCUCAACUCCGUGAGGUCCAGCAGGCACAGCUGCACCGCUGUUGGCACUCUCUUGCACCUCUUCUACCAGGGUGCCGGAGCUGCGGUCUUCACUCUAGGUCACGCUUCCUUUAACGCUAUUACGUCAGGUGUGAUCGGUGGUCUCCUGCGGGCCUACCUGCCCAUCUCCUGGGGUCUUCCACUCAUCUCCGUAGGCCUGACCUACCUCCUCUUCCUCUUUGACCUCGGGGAGGACCCUCGCUGCUUCAUCUCUUGGGAGAACUCUCCCAAGUAUGUCUUCUUCGGCUUCCAGAUGUUCUUCGUGUUCUUCUCCUUCAUUCACGCUUCCAUCGUCCUCUGCAACGUCUCCACACCUGCGCUCAGGAAAGACAACCUUAUCGACGACUACGGAUCAUUCUGCCGAGGAGCUGCCUACGUCACCCUCUUCUUCGACCUCACUUGGGUGUUUGGUCUUCUGUGUUACCUUCACCUGGGUUUCACAGAACCUGACUUCUAUCCCAUCUUCCAAGUACUCAACUCCUGGACGGGUUUGGUUGUGUUCCUCUUCAUCGGUAUGGGCUCCAGGAGAUUCAAGAUGGUGGUGGCUGGCCAAGCUCACCUCAGGCGCCAGAUGCUGUUCGGAAACGCCUUCGGGACUUCGAGUGCAGUGCCAGAGUACAAGGAGGUACUGAACACUCCAGAGGACGAGUACAACGGAGCCAUCGAGUCCACACCCAGUGACAAGUCAUCUCCAGUAACUAACUCACAGUUGCAGGUUCAGCGAGCUCAGGACAAAGCCCCGUUUUUGCCUCCUCCAUCUCCGGUCCCAGGCCAGAUUGAUUAACCCGGCCCCAGCGACGUCGAUUUUCCACCCAGAUCACCCAACUCAGGCCAGGUGGGUGGUCGACCUGGGUCCCGCUUUCUGUCUGCUAACAUGUAACUCAGCUAGGACCACCCGGUGAUGGCACCAUUUG